GUGAUUUAAAACUUUUUUUUUCUUAAAUAUACAUUUGAUCAGUUAUAUUACAUCUUGAGAAAACACAUAAAUAAUUAUCAGUGCCGGCUCAAUUUUGGAUGCAUGUGGCUGUGUUUAUAUAAAAAAAAAAAUUCUUACAAAUUUAAGAGCCUAAACUUUUUUUUUUGAGGACUAUUCGUAUGUAAUUCUUUUUUAAAAAAUUAGAGGCGUAUUGCAAAUGUUUCACUACACAUUCACCAAGGCCGGCUGUGGCAAUUGUCUAAACUCAAAAAGUCGUUUAUUUAGUCUUAUUAUACUGUUCGUUUUUGCUAUACUCAAUACCUCUCAACUAAGGCAGUAACAAAUAUUAUUUACUGAUUAGUCUAAUUAUAUAAACCGGAUGAAAUUGGAACAUUCUUGGCUUCGGUUUGCAUAGUUCGGUUCGAGUUAAGCUUUUUCCCAGUAACUAAUAAAAUUCGGCCCAUUUAAAUGGGACACAAACGUUUCAUAUCAUUUGGGCUUUUAAUGGGCCAUAGCAUCGGUCCAUUUAAGUGAUUAUAACCCCCUUUGUCAAAGCUCUCCGGCUAGGCUAAACGGCCGUCGUCGGUUUUCAGUUUCACGAUUUCCUUUCGCUGGUACGAGUUCGAACUUCCGUGUCUUAAUCCGACACAUACCUGUUCUCACCGUUAUUGUCCGAAACCGAGACAACACUUCACAACAAAAUCUACUGUUUUUUUUUUUUUAGAUUUUCCGAGAUGUCUCGUCUCAUUCAAAACCGCAUUAAAAACACUUUCUCACGCCUCAAGCCUUCCAUCGCUCUCUCCUCAUCUACCCUCAUCAAGAAUCUCUCCACGUCUCCAGAGCCAUCACCCGAACCACUCGACGAAUCCUCGGAGAUAUGGAACGUCAUCAUAGGCCGAGCAGGCGGCGACAGAGUCGUCAGCGAAGACGAAGUCUUCCACCGCCUCUCAAACGAUCCCUUCUGCAACAGAGUAAACCUCUCAGACACUCUACUCAACAAGCUCCUCCACAGGUUCAGAGACGACUGGAGAUCAGCUCUCGGCGUCUUGAAAUGGGCCGAGUCUCGCAAAGCCCACCACCACAAGCACUCACCCGAGGCUUACGACUUGGCGGUGGAUAUACUCGGGAAAGCCAAGAAAUGGGAUCGUAUGAAGGAGUUCGUUCAGAAGAUGAGUGAAGAUAAAGCCGUGACGUUAAACACUGUGGCCAAGAUCAUGAGGAGGUUCGCUGGAGCUGGUGAGUGGGAAGAAGCUGUUAACGUGUUUGAUAGGUUAAACGAGUUUGGAUUAGAGAAGAACACCGAGUCUAUGAACUUGCUGUUAGAUACUCUCUGUAAGGAGAAGAGAGUCGAGCGAGCUAGAUCUGUUUUAUUAGAGCUAAAGGCUCACAUUAAGCCUGAUUCUCAUACUUUUAAUAUCUUUAUUAACGGUUGGUGUAAGACCAAUAGAGUCGAGGAGGCUCUCUGGACUAUCCAAGAGAUGAGAGGUUAUGGGUUCCGUCCUUGUGUGAUUAGCUACACGACGAUUAUAAAAUGUUAUUGUUUGCAGUGUGACUUUAUUAAAGUGUAUGAGAUGUUGAGUUUGAUGGAAGCUAACGAUUCUCCUCCGAACUCUGUUACCUACACGACGAUAAUGUCUUGUCUUAAUUCGCAGAAAGAGUUUGAGGAGUCUUUGAGGGUAGCUGCGAGGAUGAAACGGUCUGGUAUUGAGGCGGAUACUCUUUUCUAUAACUGUUUGAUUCACACGCUUGCUCGAGCCGGGAGGGUGGAAGAAGCUGAGAGGGUUUUCAGAGAAGAGAUGCCUUCCGUUAACACAUCUACUUAUAACUCGAUGAUUGCUAUGUAUUGUCACCACGACGAGGAGGUUAAGGCCGUUGAGCUUCUCAGGGAGAUGGAGGGUUUGAAGGUUUGUGAGCCUGAUGUUCACACGUAUCAUCCUUUGCUGAGGUCUUGCUUUAAGAGGGGAGAUGUGGUUGAGGUUGGGAGGUUGUUGAAAGAAAUGGUGACUAAGCAUCAUUUGAGCUUGGAUGAGUCGACUUAUACUUUUUUGAUUCAGAGGUUUUGUACAGCUGAUAUGUGUGAGUGGGCGUAUUGUCUAUUUGAGGAGAUGAUUAGCCAAGAUAUCGCGCCGAGGCAUAGGACUUGUUUGUUGCUAUUGGAAGAGGUUAGGAAGAAGAAUAUGCUUGAAGCGGUUGAGAGGAUUGAGCAUGUGAUGAGGACUGUUAAACUUACUGCCCCUGUAAAGUGAGGUUAUUAUUAGUUACUACAAUGCUGAGAAGUGUUCAUUGUUCUGUUUUGUUCAACCACAUUGUUAGUGUAGAUUUCAAGUUCUUUGGUCAUGGAUAAGACUUGGUGAAAUUUGUAACUUAAUGGAGUUGAAUGAUUCAGACACAGUUUAGGCAA